GCCUUCUGUUACAGCAGCUGAAGCAGCCUUUCAGGAAGGAAGAAGACAACUGGGGCCCACAAGGACCUUCUAGCUGCACUUUCAAUGGAUUUUAAAAUUGAACACACUUGGGAUAGCUUUCCAGUAUCCCAUGAGCCAGUGUGGAUCCGUCUGAGUCCAGGUGAUGGAGGAUUGGUGAUGGAAGUGAAGGCUCCAUUUUUUAAUGAUCCUCCAGCCCCACCUGGAGAGCCAGGAAAGCCUUUUGAAGGACUGUGGGAUUAUGAAGUGGUGGAGGCAUUUUUCUUGAAUGACAAAACCCAGCACUAUAUAGAAGUUGAACUUUGUCCUCACGGACAACAUUUGGUGAUUUUGCUAUUUGGAAGAAGAAAAUCUUGGAAACGAGAGCUUGCUUUAUCAUUUGAGGUGUCCAGACAUGAGAAUACAUGGGAAGGUAAAGCUCAUCUUCCUUGGAGUUAUUUUCCUCCUGGUGUAGAUAAAUUUAAUUCAUUUGCAAUUCAUGGAUCAAAAGCUGGAAGAACUUAUGAAGCACUUUACCCCAUACCACAAGAUGAGAUAAAAAAAGGACAAGAGCCUGAUUUCCAUCGCCUGGAAUACUUCAAGUCUUUUAGUUUGAAUACGAUUUUUGGAGAGGAGUGGAAACAGCCUGAAUCAGACCUUUGGAUGUCACAGAAGCCUACUGCAGAGGGGAAUAAAUAAUUUCAUUUCUGUUUUCUGUCUUCUUGAAAAAUCAACAAAUUACAUGCUGCAAUCUCUUAAAGGAGAUUGGGAAUGUUUGAACAAUACACAUUUGCAAAGAUGAUUUUGAAAAGCGAGUUUUGCAAGAGCUACAUGGCAAAUAGGUUAGUGCUCAAGAUAAUAAAAUAUUUGUGAAUGA